AUUUUCGAGAUUAAAUGUGAAAUGUGAGAGGAAUCAGCUGAUUAUCUCAGUGCUGUUGUGUCAGAUGAUGUGACAUGAAAGGGCAGGGAAGUGAACUGCUAAAGUCAGACGACUAACCACACCAAUUUUCAGUUUGCUCUGUGCACUGCAGUCCCUUAAGGGAGGCCUGGCCUCUACUUUGUGUGUUGGGGUGUGUGUGAGGGGGGAGAGAGCUGCUCUGACAGAGAAACUUUCCAAACCACAAUGAAAGUGGCUCGCUGACAGACAGUUUGGCUUCACGAAGAAACAUUUUGCAUCCUGCCUUAAUCUGAACGAGUCAGGACAAGAAGUUUCUGGAAUGGAGUUUAAGGACAGAAUCGGAUCUGGGAGGGGUGAGGACUGAAAACAAAAAAAUAUCUGUUAUCAGUAAAUGUGGCUGGUUGCUGCCGAGGUUCUCCUGUAUACCCAGGAUGGGCUGCGCUUGCAGUGGCCAGAAACAAGCAAAACGUGGCGGUUUCUACAAAAUAAAACCCAACAGUCAGUCACAUUCAUCUAACAACACAGCCCAACGCGGAAAUACUUCUUCAAAUAAAGAUGACGUGUUUGUGGCCCAACAUGAUUUCAAAGCCACAAACGGAAGCGAUCUGUCCUUCAGAAAGGGAGACAAACUCAACAUUUUGCAAGAGAGAGGAGAAUGGUGCCUGGCUAAGUCAAUCAGCACCGGGGACGAGGGCUACAUCCCAUCCAAUUAUGUUGCUCGAGCUGAAUCGCUGGAGGUGGAGAAGUGGUUUUUCAAGGAUGUGAGUAGGAGGGAGACGGAGCGACUGCUUUUAGCUCCUGGAUAUAAACCAGGCACCUUUUUAGUUCGGGAGAGUGAGACUUCUAAAGGGUCCUACUCACUGUCCAUCCGAGAUCUGGAUCAAGAAGAAGGAGACAUGGUAAAACACUACAAAAUCCGUUGUCUGGAUAAAGGUGGAUUUUACAUCUCCCCCUCCACAACCUUUGAUUCGCUCCACGAACUGGUCAAAUACUACAGCCGCACAGCAGACGGGUUAUGUCAGAGGUUGAGCACUCCUUGUAAGCCCAAGGCCCCCCAGCAGCCCUGGGCCCACGAUGAGUGGGAGAUUCCCCGUGAGACAUUAAAGAUGAUCAAGAAACUGGGCGCUGGGCAGUUUGGAGAAGUUUGGAUGGGGUUCUACAAGAACACCCAAAAGGUCGCGAUCAAGACUUUGAAGGAAGGCACGAUGGAGCCUGAAGCUUUUCUGCAGGAAGCAAAUCUGAUGAAGCAGCUGCAGCACGACCGGCUGGUGCGACUGCACGCCGUGGUCACCAAGGAGCCGAUCCUCAUCGUGACUGAGUACAUGGUGAACGGAUCCCUCCUUGACUUUCUAAAAUCAGAUGAGGGGCAAAAACUCAAGAUGAACAAAUUGAUCGACAUGUCGGCGCAGAUAGCUGAAGGCAUGGCGUACAUUGAAAAGAAGAACUACAUCCACCGGGACCUACGUGCCGCCAACAUUCUAGUCAGCGAGACUUUACACUGCAAGAUAGCAGACUUUGGCCUGGCCAGAAUCAUCGAGACUGAAUACACCGCCCAAGAAGGGGCAAAAUUUCCCAUCAAAUGGACCGCCCCGGAAGCCAUCAACUUUGGGACUUUUACAAUCAAGUCCGACGUCUGGUCUUUUGGAAUUCUGUUGACUGAAAUAAUCACAUACGGUAGAAUUCCCUAUCCAGGAAUGACCAACCCGGAGGUGGUCAUGUCUUUGGACAAGGCGUACCGGAUGCCCCGACCAGACGACUGCCCCGUGGAACUCUACGACAUCAUGAUGAUGUGCUGGAGGCAAAGGCCUGAAGAGAGGCCCACUUUUGAGUUUUUGCAGAAUAUUCUCAAUGACUUCUUCAUCGCCACAGAGGGACAGUAUGAGAUGCAGCCGUAGACUGUGAAGAACACAAAGAGAGAUUUUUGUUGGACAAGGAAUGGAAAAAUAAUUUAAAGGAACUGGGAACCAUCGAUGUUGAAAUGGAUAUUUUUCAAAUGGAUUUCUUUUUUUUCAGCCUUUUUUUUCCUGAAUGAAAGUUGCUUCUUUAGGCCCCAUUUGGAUUAAGCAUCACAAAAGUAUCAUCAUGGUUUCAGCUUUUGAUGCCGAUUUAGGAGCGUAUACAGCCAGGAGGCACCGCAAGACUGAUUCACAAGGUUUAAAAAGGACCAAGUGCAAAAAUACACAAUGUAAAUUGCCGUGAAUCCAAAAAGGCAGCACAGGUAAGAUAAUAAUCAGUAUAAAACAUGUGCAUGGGACAGAAAAUCAAAAUAACCAUAUUUUGCACUUUUUUAAACCCUCUGUUUCUUUUGUAAAAGCUGAGUUGUAAAACUGGUUUUAUUCCUUUGCAUAAAUGCUUUUUUUAAAUAAAUAUUAUUAUUUAUCUUAUGGAGAACUUUUGCUUACAUUCCCCUAUUUCCUGCUGUAAGUUGUUAAUUUACACAAAAUUCACUAAACUUGAAUGUUUAUGUCAAAUAAGCUGGAAUAAAUUGAAAAACACAAUUUGGAAUAGUUUUUAAAAGGAAUAUGAUUUAUAAGCACUUGAAAAGAAAGGUUUUCAAGUACAAAAUAUCUAAAAAAAAA